CUCUCUGACAAAUCGAUAUUCCUCUCAAAUAUUGACUUCGCGAUUGUGCUUGGUGUCGCGAGCAAGUCGCGCGAUAGCUGGUAAUGUCCUUAUAAAAAAAUACGACAUUGCGCGAGUGAUAAAGCGAAAUAUAUCGGUCGGAGGAUCGAGAUAGUAUAAUAUUACGGAGGAAUAUCCUCGAAUAAACGAUGAUUUUUGCGGCGAGUGUUGUGUUUUUUGGGUUGACCCUAAGUGUCUCCCACGCUAGCAUCGAGUCAACACCGACUUCCUUCAACGAUCAUGGAGUUCCGCGAUUGGAUCUUGAAAGUCUUGAGAGCGGUUAUCACGGCCUGGUCAAGGAGAAUGAAACUCUCGUUGAGGUGACUCCACAGAUAAGAGCUUUAGGAGCUAAAGUAUGUUCUUUUCGUAUUGCGAAUAAACAUCAUGGCGAGGCACCUUUCGAAAUUGUUUUAAAAGAGAAGGGAAUGGCCGAGCUGAGAGCCCUUCGAGUUUUGAAUUGUGAAAAACGACGUAAUUACAAAUUCGAUAUCGCAGCUGUUGGUUGUUCCGGUGGACAAUCUGAGAAUGCAACGGUUCAUAUCACAGUGGUCGAUGUUAACGAAUACGCACCACAGUUUCUCCAACCAGCUUACGUUAGCACUGUUGAUGAAGGACGGCUUUACGAAGAGGUAGUACGCGUCGAAGCCUCCGACAGAGAUUGUACUCCAAAAUUCGGAGACAUAUGCAAAUACGAGAUUCUAACAGCGGACCAGCCGUUCAUUAUUGACAAUGAAGGUGCUAUACGUAACACAGAGCCAUUGGAUUACGAGCGUUCCCACAAUUACAUUUUGAGCGUGGUUGCCUAUGAUUGUGGAAUGAAACAAUCAGCACCGGCCAUGGUGACUAUUAAGGUGAAUCGAGUGUGUACACCAGGCUGGAGAGGUAUUCCAGAGAGAGUGGACUAUGCUGCUGGUUCAGGAUCUCAACCGCUUUUACCAUCCGCAAAACUGGACCUUUGUGACGCACCAUGUAUAUUACGUAACGUUCGAGCUACCUUGAAUCUUGUAACCGAUCACAUAGGAAAGGGUUGCGAUCGUGAUACUUAUACUGUACGAAGCCAGCGAAAACUUUGCGGUGCCUCACACGAGAGCGUUGAUCUUUUACCAACACCAGGACCGACCACAUCAUGGACCGCCUCUUUGUCACGAGAUGAAGGUCGGGAGGCCGAUGAAAUUUUCGAGUUCGAUGGAGUCGAUUCCGCUGCGAUCGUACCAAAUAACGUACUCGAACAUUCUCUGGCACAAAAGUUCACCAUCAGUGCUUGGGUAAAACAUCGUCCAAGAUUGAGGCAAGAUCCCCACGUUAAGGAACAUAUUCUUUGCGCCGCAGACGAUCAUAAGAUGAACAGGCAUCAUUACGCUUUGUUCAUAAGAAAUUGCAGGCUGAUCUUGUUACUCCGACGAGACUUCUCCGAAGGCGAUCCAAACAUCUUCCGUCCGGCUGAGUGGCGUUGGAAGCUCGGUCAAGUAUGCGACGAUAAGUGGCAUCAUUAUGCCAUACAAGUCGACUUCCCACGCGUAAGUCUUUUUGUCGAUGGCGAGGAAUGGCGUACGGACGAGAAGAAUCCCGAGGUUAUCGAUGAUUGGCCCUUGCAUCCUGCGAAGGGCGUAAACACGAUGCUUGUCGUUGGAGCUUGUUGGCAGGGUUCGGAUAAUAGAACGAAACAUCACUUCCGUGGCUAUCUCGCUGGGCUCUCGGUUCUAGUAGGUCGUAACGAAAAACCUGACGUACUGUCCUGUUUGAGGCGUUGCCAGGAGGGCUUACACGUACCGUCCAUGGACUUGCUUCAGCCAGGUACACAGUUGCUCACCAAUUCCGAUUUAACGGAGGUACGCAUUGACGGCGAUAAUCGUACGAACAUCGAGACCCUUCUUCGUCGUAUAGGAUAUUCUAACACACGACGUUUCCCAACUCCUGGUCGGCGAAAUUUCCGUCUCGACACGGCGGUGAUAUGCGAAGGUAACGAGAAUUCUCAACUGCCAGUACCUACCGUGCAAUCGUACGUGACCGUUCUGCCACCACCUCGACCUGGAAUAAGCGUUAACGGUACCGGUUACGUAGCUAGGGAAUAUGCCGAUUUCCGCCUGGGCGUUCGCGUUUUUCCAGAUGCUCGCGUUACCGCUGGUUCCGCGGCGAGAUUGGACGCUUGCGCCGUCAGCGUUUAUCCCAGUCUGAAUCCCGAUCACGAGAGCUUAGGUUUACCUGGCGACGCUCUUCGUAGAUUCCGUUCUAUCAGCGCUCGCGUCGAUCGCGACGGCGUUGUACUUUCGGGUGCCGACACGCCUUACAAUUAUCAACAGCUCAUUCGACUAAUAAUGUACACGAAUCGUAAGCCUGCAUAUUAUCUCGAUCGCGUUUUCAAGCUUACUUGUUCCGAAUUGAGCGGACGUUUCGCCAGUAACGAAUAUGUCCAAACGUUAGCCGUGAUCCAUCCGAAAGAGAAAACGACGGUAUUGCCGCACAGUAGCUCGGGCGAACCUCCGAUCGCCAGAAUCGUUGAGCCUGUGCCCGGUCACAUACAAGUUUCCCCUCAUCACGCCGAAAUACCGGAAGGUUAUUCGACCAGUGUGAUUCGCGAAGGUAGAAGAACCAUCGGAGGUGCCGGUGGUAGUCACGCCGUUACGAUCGUCGCGGCCGCCUGCAUCGGUUUCUUGCUAUUAAUGGCCGUCGUCGGAGCGGCGAGAGUUCGAGGUGCCGCGAAGCGACGACGAUCGGCUGGCGACGAAUUGGCAGCCGAAACGGAAAUGGCCUGGGACGAUUCGGCCCUCGCCAUAACGGUCAACCCAAUGGACAGGCUGACCGAGCAUGAGUCUCAUCAGAGUCAUAGAGACGAGGACGUUGACGAUUCCGGAAGUUCCGAUUCUGAGGACGGUUCCUUCAGAGACGACGAUAUCGACAGUUCCGAUUGCGAAAACGAUUGCGAUCUAAACAAUGGCCGACACCGUCGUCAUAAUUCGCCUCACGACUUGGAGUGGGAUCAUCGUGACGUUUAAAUUACUACUAUUCCACCUCUUUAUAUUCGUCAUCAUCCUUCUUUUUCAAGACGGUAUCGUCAGACGAGUACCUACUGUCCGAAAGAACGCGAAAUAUCCUAUAUCUGAACCCCUCCAUUCCUGUGAACCAUCUACGACGCUAUGCGCGAUGCGUAUGGUAUUGCCUGAAUGUUGACGACGACAAUGACCACGACCACGAUGACAAAAAAGUAUUAACAACAAUGUUGUUAUUCUCUUUUUGUCGGUUAUAAGGAAAUUUUGCGUUAUCUAUUUUAACAAUAUCUAACUACAACGUUUGUCAACAAUAUAGGGCGAUCACAGAGUCGCGACCUUCGCGAUUGGAUAAAAGCGUCAUGUUGUAUCCGUCCCCGUAGCUGGCAUGAUUGAUCCAUUGCAAGGCAAUGACACGGCAGGCAGUUAGUACUCUUCUUACGUACCAACGGAAUUUGUAAGAGUGCGGGACGCUUUAUCGAAUAGUUAAACUCUUUCUACCUAUAAUACGACGUCGCUGAUGUUGGUAGAGAAAAUUUACACGGGCACGCAAGAGAUACUUAAAAAGAAAAAAAAAAAAAGAAAAAAGAAAAAAAAGAAAAAAAAAAGAAAAAAGAAGAAAAAAAACUUGCUGAGAAAUUCUCGGUGAACACUCGGUAAACACUCGCAGCAAAUUAAUUUAUAUAUAUUCUCGACCUAUAAAGUAGUCAUAGGACAAGGGAAACUUUUUUUAUACUCCUAACUCUUAUCCUUUUAUUCUAUUCUAUAAUAAUUCUAUAAUUCUAUUUACGAUCAUUGAUUUAUUUUUUUUCUUUCUCUUUUUUUAUUUUUUUUAUUUUUUACUAACGCUACUAUAUAUAUACAUAAAUAUAUAUAUAUAUAUAUAUAUAUAUAUAUAUAUAUAUAUAUUUAUAUUAUAUAUACUAUUAUCAACUAUUAUUAUAAUCCGCUCUACAGGCAGUUUUAUCUUCUAUUGGAAAACGGUACUGAUGAGAUGUGUAUUUUCUUCCUCUUAGAUCUUUUGGUCUCUUUUUCUCUCUCUUUCUCAUUCUUUCUCUCUCUUUCUCUCUUUCUCUCUUUCUCCUUUUCUUUUUUUCUCUAUUUCUAUCUCUAUUUCUAUUUCUAUCUUUCUCAAUAUAAGCUAUCCACGUUGAUAUUUGAUCUCACGAACGUAUCCUCUAUAUCUACAUAUAAAACUUUCUUCGAAAUGCUUGAAAAAGAGAUAUGUGUAUCGUAAAAACGGCAAUUUUUCAUAAGAUAUUCGUAGAUCCGUCAGGACUCGCGGUCGAUCACGGAUUACGUCGUGGCAAGCUUAUCGACUUGCCUGAUUUACCGUUUUAUUUUUAAGUAUAAAAAAGAAAUAAAGGGGAAUAAUAACGAAAAACAAAAAAAAAAAAGAAAGAAAGAAAAGAAAAAAAGAAAAAAAAAGUAAGAAAAGAAGAGGACAAAAGAAAAAGAAGAAGGAAAGAAAGGAAAAAAUCUUGGAUAAUUUGCACAAUGUUCCUUCCCGAUCGACCGAUCGACCGAUCGUUUGAACGACCGAACGACAUAAUACAACAGAUACGACUUUUAGCUCUUACAAUUAGUAAGGACAUUGCCGCGCAUCUUAUGAUAGUGCUUCACCGUUAAGUACACUUGUGUAUUAACAUCAUAUCCGUAUACAUACAUAUGUAUAUGCAUGCGUACUGGACUAGAUACGCGCCCCACCCCCGAUUUUCUCUGCGUAUACGGUCUAUACGAGUUAAGUACAUGUGUAGUAUGUGCACACGAAAGGACACAUGUAAUUAUAAAAUACAUACAUGUUUCUAUUCAUUAUUCUGCGGUGAGAUUUCGAUGCGACGGAUCAGAAAAGAUGUUUUUAUUCUAAACGCAGCGCAGCGCACUCGAUUAAUGCUCGAAAGAAAUGGGGUUUUUUAUUUUUUUAAGAAUCAUUGUGCAAUCUCUCUUUCUCUCUCUCUCUCUCUCUCUCUCUCUAUAUAUAUAUAUCUCUCUCUUUCUCUCUCUGCCUGUCUCUCUUUCUCUCUUUUAGCAGAGCAACUAGUUUUUAUGUGCCUUUUUAAACGGUAGUACAUUGAAUUCUACUCUAUAUUUUAAUAGUGACUCAAACUGAUUUUAUCAGACGCAACUGUGCGUAUCGAAUGGAGCUAUUCUACCGUGAUUGUUGUAUUUUAGAUGAUACUGUUAAAUACGACAUAUAGCGAUUAAGAUGUUAACAUAAAUAGGCGUGUUUCUCUUGGCAAUUACGUGGUGUAUAUACUAAAGUGCAUCAUGUCAUAAUAUUAUAUGUUACGUGCACUACAUACUACAUAUUAUAUGGUUGUGACGCGCUUUAGCAAUCAUACGGAUCGCUCGCCAGAAAAUGCUUAUAUUUAAAUAAAUGUGCAAUGAUCCGCAGAGGGGAUGGAUAUUUUAACUUUCGAAGAAAAUAAUAUAAAUCGUGAUGACUGCGCAUUAAUAAUAUACUCGCUGCGAAGUAAUGAACGGAUUCUUAUGUAUGUAUUUAUUAUUAUGUAUUUAGAAUUAUAAAAUGACCGACGACCCGCGAUCGGAACUUAUCUAGAACUGAGAAAAAAAGAGAGAAAUUUGUGUACGGAUAUCUAUAUUCAUAGAAACUAUAAUGAACAACUUAUUUUUCCAACGAGCAUAUCAUAUCAUUUUUAUAAGAGAUUUGUCAGAAGUUUUAACAAAUUUUCGUAAGAGCUCCUUAUACAAUCAUAAGGGAUCUGCCACAUCGUGAUGUUAACUUGCCAUAUAUAUAUAUAUAUAUGUCAGAUUUUCUUCUUUCUUUAUUUUUUUUUUUUAAUUAUUUUCUCUCUCUCUCUCACUCUCUCUCUCCCUCUCUAUCUAUCUAUCUAUCUAUCUGUCUGUCUAUCUGUCUAUCUCUUUCUCUUUCUCUCUCUGCCUCACACCUUCUUUCUCUUGCAUAUUUUUUUACACGUCCUUUCUUUUAUUUCCUUCUUUUUUUUCUUCUUUUUUUUUCCUACGUUUUUUAAUGAUCGGUGUAAACGUUUUAAUCAUACACAAGCAAACGAACACACAUGUAUACACACAUACGCGCAGAUAUACGAAUAUAUACUUUCAUACUUUCUGUAAUCCUUUCGUUUCCAUAUAAUUGAUCUAUUUGAAGAUCGAUUUGAACAUUUCUCUAAAUACAGAAUGUUAUAAAAAAAAGAAGAAGAAGAAGAAGAAAAAUAUAAUGAUAAAAAAAAAAGAAAAAAAAAAAGGAAUAUAAAAGGCCAUCUCUAUUAAUGCUUUUCAUAGCAAACAAACAGAAUAUACAUAUAAGGCUACUUGUUUCUUCUCUCGAAUAGGUAUAUGUAUACAUACAUACGUGAUAAAAGUGUACGCAUUUUGCCCUAAAUUUCGAUACGGUAGAUCGUUUCUAUAUAUCCAUAUAAAAAUAUCUAUAUCUACGACAGACACGCUUUUUGUAUCCUUCAAAAAUCAUGUCUCAAUCGGUGAAAAUGCCUACGAAACUCACCGUCAAAUAAUUCCUUUAUAUUUAAUUAAUUGCACGGAAACAGAACACUCUACCGUAUUGGGAUAUAAAGAAAAGGAAGAAAAGAAAAAAGAAAAAAAAAAGAAAAAAAAAAGAAAAAAAAUAAUCGUACUUUUCUAAGCGUGUUAAUAUAUAGCUAUUUUAUAUAAUUUCAGAAGAAAUCCUUUGCUCCGUUAAAUAAUUAAGUUAUAUACAUAUAGAAAUAGUUCUUUGUUUACAAUUUAUUUGAGAAAUUGUAGAAAAUCAUUUGUUUAUAAAUUUAACACUGGAGGUACCAAGUUCGUCAAUAUGAUGGAUUUCAGAUUUCUCGUUAUAUAAUUACUAUAUAUUAUAAUAUUAUUAUAUAAUAUUAUAGAUAUAUAUAUAUCAUAAUUAUUAUACAAGUAUAUGAACUAUGAAAUCUAUUUUAUUUUACUUAUUAUUGUCAAGGUAUAAAUAAAUUAAAAAUAAUGAGGAAUAUAUUUUUUCCUUUUUUUUCGUUUGUUUUUUCCUCAAAAAGCUUAAACAUCAAAUUGACGAAUACGAACAAAAAUAGGUCGACAUGGUAAUUCUAGUGUUAUAAGAGUAGUCCAUUGUGAAUAUUUUUACGAUAUUAAAUCGAAUUUAAUCGUCUUUACGCUUUGAUACAAGAGAAACUUAUUACACACACACACACACACAUAUACAUGUAUACACAAACACAGGUAUAUAUAAAUAUUGGUAAAACGUUGCACACACAAAGUUGCUAUUGUCUCAAGCUAAAAGCGAAAAGCGUUAGAAUAACAGACUCAUUCGUGCUAAACGACGACGCCUGUCGUCCUCAAUGAUAAAAGAGAGAAUAGACGGAAUUCUUAAGCGGACGUGCAUUAUCAGCAUUUUUUUCUCAUUCGAUCUAUUGAACUAUUAAGGGGGGGGGGGGAGGGAUUAUGGGUGAGGGCUUUAGGAAAGGGAAAAAUAAAAAUAGAAUAAAAACAAAAAUAACAUAAAACAAAAAAAAAAGAAAAGAAAUGAAAAGUAUUCGAAUGUAAGUUCUCCUUAAAUCGGCAGCGUAAGCAACAGCAGCUAUAAGAAUCAUAAAAAAAAAAAAAAAAAAAAAAAACCAAGCAUAGCCAUAACGCAAUACAACCUACACACAAAAAAGGCGUAUGCACCUACUUUGAAGAUGUACUUAAUUAUUAAUUAUGAGGGAAUAAUGGGAACUAUGCAGAACAAAAACCGACUAGAUGAUACUAUAAUAUAAAUAUAUAUAUAUAUAAAUAAAUAAAUAUAUAUAUAUAAAUAUAUAUAUAUAUAUAUAGAUACACACAUAAAAAGAUAUAUCUACGCCGUUUGCAGAUGAAUGAUAUAAACAAAGUGAAAGAAAACAAAAAACAAAACAAAAAAGAAAUAAAUAAAUAAAGAGAAAAGAGAAAAGGUAUGGAUUUGUAAAACGUACCAUUGUAUUUUGUAGGCAGCUAGCAUGUACGUACACAUAUGCACAUGCACUCUCUCAUGUAUGUAUGUUUACGUAUAUAAUAUUUGAACAUAUUCUCUAUAAUGCUUACACGUAACGGUACCUCCAAUGGUUGUCCCCGAAUGUUUUGAAUUUUACACGUGACUAUGAGAGGAUGUGUAAUUUGUGACCAAAACAAUGUAACACGUAUGACAGAGACAUACAGGACGGGUGAUUUCUUUUCGAAUGAAAUAAAAUACGAGCUCGAUAAUUACAUAUUAUCUAUAUUAAGAAUAUCAUUUGCGGAAUAAGCACUCAACAAGAGUUAUCUCUUGUUUUACGUAUGCUUCAUUGUCUCUCUGUGAGGAUAAAUAACGCAUACAUACAUACAUACAUACAUACAUACAUACAUACAUACAUACAUUCAUUACACACGAGAAACACACCACGUAAGAAUGUACGUGAAUAAUUGAGGAAAAAAAAUAAGAAAAGAAAAAAAAAUUUAAAAAAAAGGAUUUAAAACAAAUAUAUGAUAUAGCAAAUGACACGCCGCGUCCUUUCACACGAUUAUAACGAUUGAAAUUUCAAGGGGGGAAAAAAAAGACAAGAAGAGAAAAGAUUAAAAUAAUAAUAAUAAUAUUAAUAAUAAUAAUAAUAAUAAUUUAAAAAAAAAAAAGAAGAAAGGAAAAUGAAACAAAUAAAAAGGAACAAAAAAAAAAAAGAGAGAAAAGAGAUGAAGGAGAAUCAAGAUUAUCCAAGAGAGCGACGUUGUCAUAAAUUAAUAAUUAAUCAGCUAUUGAUAAUAGAUAUAGGCCGUAAUUGGAUUAUUAUUACGGACCGAAUAAAUUCCCUCCCAUCGCAGAUUGAUUGUGUGUUAACUAAUAAGAUUAAGUAACGAUAUAGAAUACAGCUAUAAGGAAUUUAAUUAUUAUGGGUAAUGAUACUAUUAUCUAUGCGCUAAGCACGUUUCAAGUUGUGACGUGGACAUAUGGCUAAGAAAGCAAUGUUUAUGAAAUAUGAAUUUUAAUUUAAUGUACGACACACUGAGUUACUCGGCGCGUCUGCACGCGACGCACAGAAACGUCAAAUUACCUUGUUAUUCUCCAACAGAAAAAAAAAUCGUUCUCUCAAACAAAAGAGAUGUUUAGCAAUAGUAUAUGACACACGUACACGCGCGCGGUCGCAUAUAUACGCUGCACAGGCUAGGAAAAUGAAAUACGAUCUAUAUCGACAUAUUAUAUAAAUAAUAUUAAGACGUCAACUGUAUUUGUUUAAUAAAGAUGUACAUUCGAAAAAUA